AUGAGCACUGUGGCGAUACUGCUGGUCGCUGUCCUCUCUGUGGGAGUCGCAGACUCCGCACCGCGCCCCCAGCUUCUCCAGAGUUCGCCACACGUGGCUCUGUUGCAGGGGGAGGACGUGUUCGUGACGGUGGAGACGGGUGCCCUCAGGGGCGUGGUGGCCACGUCGCUCAACGGCACCCUCUACAACAGGUUCGUCGGCAUCCCGUUCGCAACACCGCCGCUGGGAGACCUCCGCUUCAGGGCGCCGCAGCCAGCAGCCAACUGGUCUGGAACUCGGGAUGCGCUGACAUACGGCUCGGAGUGUCCUCAGGGAGGUGCUGGCUCUGAGGACUGCCUGUACGUCAACGUGUACGUACCUUUGGUGAACGACAGCUCUCCCCUGGCCGUGAUGGUCAACAUCUACGGUGGGGCAUACACGGGGGGUUCCUCUACAUAUAAGGCGCCCGACUACUUCAUGGACAAGGGUGUGCUGCUGGUCACUUUCAAUUAUCGCGUCGGCUCCAUUGGUUUCCUGAGCCUUCAGAAUGACGACAUCCCUGGCAACGCGGGCCUCAAGGACCAGGUGUUCGCGCUGCAGUGGGUGCAACGCAACAUCGCCGCCUUCGGAGGCGACCCGAGCAAGGUCACCAUCUUUGGGGAGAGCGCAGGCGGUUCCUCUACGUCGCACUUGUUCUUCUCUCCGGCAACCAAAGGUCUGUUCCGGGGAGUGGUCAUGGAGAGUGGCGAAGCGAACGCCGUCUGGGGCGUAGAGGCCAACCCCCGAGAGAAGGCAUACCGUCUGGCGGCGGCCCUCGGCUUCCAGACGCAGGACGCCAACGAUGCCUCCGUAGCGGCGUUCCUCAGAGCCGCCAGCCACUCCGACCUCACCAGAGACGACAACAGGGCCCUCUCUGAUUUCGAGAAGCGCCACCUGAGCAGACUCGCCUUCGUGCCCGUCAUUGAGCCGCAGUCGGACACCGCGGUGGUCACCGAGUCUCCAGGGGACAUCCUGAGGGACGGCCGCUACAACCAGGUCGCCGUCAUGACUGGCGUCACCUCUGCAGAUGGAGGCGUCGUUAUUCUGUCGUCGGGAAUCCUGUGGAACGACGCUUAUGCUGCAGACGUAAGAGAGAACUUCACAGAGCUGGUGGGAUCCCAGCUACAGUUGCCAACAGUGGAGGAGCAGACCGACGCGGCUGUAAAGCUCGAGAACUUCUACUUCGGAGAUGAAGGAUUCUCCAUAGACAAUACUCAAGCCGUUUACGACAUGGUUUCGGACAUGUACUUCAUACAACCAGCUGAAGCACUCGCCAGGACAGUGGCCAAUACGAGCGACCUACCAGUCUAUUUGUAUUACUUCGACUACGAUGGCUACGGUGCUACACAAUAUGGUAUGGGCCACGCAGCAGAAGCAAGUUACCUUUUCCUCCAGGAUGGGCCAGACAAGGAUCCGAAUUCUAACGACGGAAAGGUGACUGAGCUACUGACCACUCUGUGGACAAAUUUCGCUAAGUACGGCGAUCCGGCGCCAGGUGGAAGUCCAGUAACGUGGGACCCAUUCACGGCGGACACUGCGAAUUACCUGGACAUGAAGCUGGAGUUUGUCACACGGCAGGAUCUCCUCAAGGAGCGUAUGGACUUUUGGAAACAGAUCCUGCACCAGUAG